AUGGUCGAAAGGAUGCAUCGACAAUUAAAGGCUGCGCUAAUGUGUCACUCUAAUACUUGGACGAAAGCAUUACCGCUCGUCCUUCUAGGAAUGAGAAGCACUCUCAAGGAGGAUACAAAAACCUCGGCAGCAGAACUGGUGUAUGGAGAACCGCUGCGUUUACCAGGUGAGCUAAUCGCGCCUCAAAAAAUUACAAAUAAUCCUGCACACGUAAUGGACUACGUAGCAGAUUUAAAAAGGAAAAUGGAAAUAAUACGUCCAAUUUCUGCAUCUCACCACACGCGGUCGUCUACAUUUAUUUUCAAGGAUCUCGCAUCGGCUACUCACGUUUUCCUUCGUGAUGAUACAGUAAGGCGCCCUCUACAACCACCGUAUACGGGUCCUCACGCAAUUCUUCAGAGAAGAGACAAAACGCUGACCUUAGACGUCAAUGAUAGAAAGGUCACUGUAAGCAUUGAUCGUGUGAAGCCGGCUUACAUUGAAAAUAAUGAAUCAGGCAAACAAACUACUACUCCUGUGACCCCAGCAACCGCCAAUACUUCUCCUCCUAUAGUCCAACCUACCCGUAAUAACACAGUUACGCCAUCCGAUACUAGAGUACUUAAAACAAGAUCUGGCAGAUGCGUAAGAUUUAGAAAUAUUUUAGAUAUUUAG